AUGGGGAAAUAUGUGGAAUGGUUGGAUGUUGCCUAUAUGGGGGUGAGAAUUGCAUCAAGAUUCCACUCUCGGUGUCCACAAACAGGUCGAUCUUACUACCAUCCUCCCUCUGAUUCUGAAGAUCAUCACCAUCUUCAAAAGGAUGCUAAUGAGAGUUAUCAAGUGGCAAUGGCUGAAGAUUUCACCCAGAUGGUCAAUGUGGAUAGGGAGUUUCAUACUUCUCAUGAAUUGCUUUUCUAUUCUGUUGCAUUUGAUUCUUUACCAGAUGAUGCGAUCGCUGAAGUUCUGAAAAGAUCCUUUCAGCAGAAUCCAGAAGAUGUCAACAAUGUUAGAGCAAGGUAA